AUGUUGCGCCUCCUGACGAGCUUCGCAGCCGCCGGCGCAAUCCUGCCCGCCGCAGAGGCCAUCCUCGUCGCGCCCGAUUCGCCGUGCUCGACCAACUGCGGCAACGUCCUGGACUCGACGUCUGCCGGCGACCUGGUGUGCACGCCGGGCCAGUACACGGGCGGCUAUGCGAACGGAGCUGGGACCGUGUUUCAAGGCUGCGUGCAGUGUGAGCUCAACAGCGGCUAUGCGACCAAGGGCAACUACUCGGACAACAUGGCAGCCUUGUAUAACCUUCGGUAUGCCGUAUCGUACUGCGUCUUCAACGAGCCGCAGCAUUACGACUUUGUCAACAAUCCAUGUGUGACGAGCAAAGCUUGCGGUGCCUUCACCAACGCUAUUGCGUACCAGAACCUGUCUGUCAAGUAUGACGACUAUGGGUACUGCGAUCUAUGGCCCACGAGCGACACCUUGGACUUUCAUGGGUGUAUUGAAUGUCUCCAGGUCUCCAACAACUACCUGGCAAACUUCGUCACAGUUCUUCAAGCUGGAUGCGAACAAAAGCCAAUCAGCGGCGUGACCCUCGGCCUCGAGGGUAACAUCUUCUCAAGCGACAUUGUCAACAUCACCGCCCCUUCACCAACAGCCAAAGUAGAUCCCGCCUGGUUCGAUCAUGGCCCGCUAGGCCUCGGCGGAAAAGUCGGCAUUGCCGUAGCCGGUUUCAUCCUCUUGCUCAUCCUCGCGGGUGUGGCCGUUGUCUGCAGGGGCAGAAGACGGAGAAAGGCGUUCCUCAAGAAGCUGCAGACCAACAUGCCGCAGAUGAAAUCGAAUCCAGGUGGCUGGCCAUCAAUGCCCGGUGGGAUCCAGCAUGAUUCCACCGACACGCCCCUCAGCCAGCGCCCUCUGCGGACCUGGGACGAGUCUCCCGUCACCGGCAACACGGAGAAGACGUUCCCCCGAUACUUCUCCCCCUACUCCUCCCAGUUCAACAGCCCCAUCAGUUCAACAGACGUCAACCACAUGCCGUGGCCA